UGUUUUUUGAUCAUUGUUUCCCCCCAACUUCUCCCUCCUCGAGGGAAAAAAGGACCCAAAGAGGAGGGAGAUGGGGAGACCAAGAGCAGCCAAAUUAAAGAGGGAGGGAAGAGGAGCGCACAACCAUGUUUAAGGAAUAUGAAGAAAACACAGAGUUUAACAAUUUCCAAAUAACAAGUGGUGCAUAGGAAAGGUCACGUGCUAAACGUCUGUGGACUGUCACAGUAGAGGAUUCAGAUUUUGAGGGUAUGGAUGGUGCGGUGGAGCUGCAGUAAGGGGCUCGGUGUCUUGCAUCCAGGAAGUGUUGUGACUGAAGAUGCGGGUCAGUGCGUGGCUUCUCUGGGUGUCCUGGUUCUACACCUGGGCAGAGUACUCACAGAGGUGUGAGUGCCAAGACAUCUCUCUCACCGAGUGGGGAUUCGACAAGGGGUCAAAGAGCCGGGUCAGGGAGCAUGUUCGUCACGGUGGUGGACACCAGCACACGCCUCACAGGAACAGGCUGCACCGCAGAAAAGGUUCCAGAGUUCGUGCACAGAACUCGCCGCCCCGCAUUGUCCACCACCCGUCCGACGUGGUGGUGAAAGUCGGGAAUCCCGCCACGCUCUCCUGCCGGGCCGAGGGAAGCCCGAAGCUGACCAUCGAGUGGCUACGAAAUGGCCAGCCACUGAACACCACAAAGGGAGACGGACAGUUACAGCCGCUGGUCUUGUCAGAGGGGAGCCUCUUCUUCCUGAGCGUAGGAGGGGGCAAGCGGGGUCAGUCGCACGAGGGUGUCUACGCCUGCGUGGCCAGGAACGGUGUGGGCAAGGCCAUCAGCCGUAAUGCAUCGCUGUAUAUUGCAGCGUUGCAGGAGGAGUUCACUGUGCAGCCCAGUGAUGUGGAGGUGGCAGAGGGGGAAGUGGCCGUCUUAAACUGUGGCCCCCCGACGGGACAUCCUGAGCCUAACGUCAUCUGGAAGAAGGACGGCUUGCCCAUCAACAGCACCGAUCGCCACUACACCGAGCUAAGUGGGAAGCUUAUCAUUGCUCCUGCAGAGAAGAACCACUCCGGUGCCUAUGUAUGCGUGGCCAGCAACACUGUGGGAGUGAGAGAGAGCAGGGCGGCUCGGCUCUCUGUGCUGGCCAAACCUGUGCUGGUGCUGAAGCCAGAAAAUGUGUCCGUGAGAACGGGGGAGUCUGCCCAGUUCUACUGCCAAGCUAAAGGUGACCCUCCUCCUGCUGUGGUCUGGAGCAGGGAGCAGGGGCCUCUGCCCAACGGCAGGUAUCUUGUAAAUCCAGACCAGACUCUUCAGAUCCAUUAUGUGACAGCCCAGGAUGCCGGGAAAUACACCUGCACGGCUGUCAAUGAUGUAGGUGUGGUCGCCGCCAGCGCACAGCUGCUAGUUGAAGAGGCUGCCAGCACGACACAGAAAGACCUCCACAAAGAACUGUCGGCCCUGCGAGUUGCUCUGGAGAACGUCACCAUCGUGGCCCCUGGGUCUAACAUCUCCCAGGUACAGUGGAAGCUUCAGUCCCUCCCGGCCCAGCCUCAUUACCUCGAUGGCUUCGAGGUUCUGUACCGCUCUCUGCUGCCCGCCACCUCUGACUGGGCAGCAAAGAAAGUGACAAUGCCAAGCUUCCAGACUCAGGUGGGCCCCUUAAAGAGAGGCUACAAGUACGAGUUCAAAGUUCGUCCCUAUGGCAGCAACUUGUACGGGAGGGAGAGCAACACCCGGCACCUCAGAGUCCCUGAGACAGUGCCCGGUGCCCCUCCACUGACUGUGUCCAUAACGGUGAGCCAUGAGCAGAAUAACACCAUCCAUCUGAGCUGGGAGCCUCCUCCUCACGACACCCACAAUGGUAUCAUCCAGGGUUACCAGGUGUGGUGUGUGGAGUCCGAGCAGCAGCAGUACCAAAACUGGACAGUGGAUAGUGGCCGACACAACCUGGAUAUCUCUGCUCUCAAACCAGGGAAUCGGUAUUGGAUCACCAUAGCAGCUAUCAACGGAGCUGGAGUAGGAAUGCUGAGUGAUCCCCAUGGAUUUGUCAUCAACCCACAGAUAGGCAGCCUCCCUGAGUCCGACGACCAAAGACGGGAUCUAUCUCAGGUCCUGGCCCUGCUUCAGGACCCGGUGUUUAUCGGCAGCGUUGGCGCCCUCCUGUGGUGCAGUUUCAUGGUGGCAGCAGUCUGCCUUUGCAGACGCCACAGCAGGACAGGCCACCUGCUGCCAGGACAUGGCAGGAGUAAAGGUUUGCACAGACUAGCCAACGAAGAUCUCAUCAUCAAACACAGGAUGGUAGCUCCAGACUCCCCUUGGAUAUCUGGAGGCUGGAGACCUGCCUUCAGCCAGAAGUAUCAGGAUUUAUGGGCUCAAGGUCAGAAACAUCCAGGAAUCAGGAGCAGCAGCCUCCCGGUCUCAUCCAAGAAGGACCCCAGCUGCUCGGACUCAGCUGUGCCCAUUGUGACCGACAGCUGCAGUGUCUAUGGGACUUUUUACGUGGACCUGAUGGGCAACGGCCUCAAGACCUUCAACAGUCCCGGGCGUUGCUCCAAAAUGCCUCACGGCCUGCCCUAUCAACAAGGAACCGAGACCAUCCAGAUAUUCAGCCAGCCCGUGGCAAAGACCUCGGGCCUCGGUAGCCUUGAGGCGCUACCGUGGAAACAGGCCAUACGCCCCCAACCUAAGAUGGGAGUGCUGAGGGAGUCAUGGGAAAAGAGCCACAGCAAGCAGGAGCUGCAUGCAGUAAACAGCGUCCCCAUAGUUCCAACCAGGAAGCAGGCUUAUCCAUCCGGUGUCUACAAACAGAGACUCAGUCACGUACCGUCAGGCCGGCACGAGUGUAAUCAAGUUGCCAGCAGUCCUCGUCUGCUGCAUUACUCUGCAUCAUUACACCUCGUGGACAUGUUGCCUCCACCACCACCUCUACCCAUGGAGGACAGCGCAGACGCACACAGCUACACCUCAGACGAAGGCUCCAGUCGUUCUACAAAGCUCACAGUGGACAUGGGCUCUCUGCAGUCAGUGUGUGCUGGAUCAGGUCACAACAAGAACAACAACAACAACAACUGCCCCCCCUACAGCCACCUGUCAGCUACAUCAUACUGCAUGCCAGUGGAUGAUGAACAGGGUGGCACGCUGACAGCAGAGGAAGCCAUCCAGUAUCUGGAGCUCAGUCCUAAACCUGAGAGAUGCAGUGUCCUGCCUGAGCAGCGUCCCUCCCUGCCCCACCACUUCCCCCCCACUAUGGGCUACAUCUGCGGGCCAGUCCGCUCCACCCAGCUGGAGGAUGACCCCGCCGCCGACGAGCACGAGGCCCCACCGAUCGGCCUGCGACGCGCCCGCCUCCAGAGCACGCCCUCCUCCUGCUACAGCGAAUGGGACAGCUCGCUGUGGAACACCUGGAGCUCGGUCACGGACGGCAACCUGGCCAGCGCGCGCACGAGCCUCAUCAGCUCGGUGGACAGCUGCUACACCAACGACAGCACCAACUUCGCCCGACUGUUGGCCGCGGCAGCUGAAACCAUGAGCGGAGCCUCCCUGUCAGACUUCUCUCCGCCAGCCUCCCCCCUCAGCGGCUUGUAUCCAUCAUUUCAUGCAGAGGGCGACUCGUUCUUCGGGGAGCUGGAGCACGCUCCUGCGUGGGACUGGAACAUGGCCUGGGUGGAAGAAAUGGAAGCUAAGUACAGAGCGCACUAUUCUGGCAGGACUGCCAGACCCUUUGACACUUAGGGACUCUGCCAGAAGAGGAAAAGAUACAACAUAACUUAAAAAAAAAGCACCUCACAGAACUGCAAGACGAGGAGCGGACAGACGUGAUACUGCAUCAGUUACUGAGAGUGCUAGAAACUAUUUGGAGGUCUGAAUAAUCCAGGGUCCAGAUUUUUCUGUCAAGGACAGAUAAAUAUCUGUAUUUGAAAUAUAAUUGGAGCCUCACUCCCUGAUGUUUCGCUCACCUCUGCUACUAGAUGCACAUUUUGUUUGUCUUUUAAUAGUUCCCAGUUUACCUCAGGGCCGUCCAGCCACUAUUCGGCAUCCUUCGGAUGACUUCCACUGAGUUUUAAAGUCUCGUUUCCUUCCCCGCGUAUCCUUUCCUCUCAUUAAGGAACAGGAUAAUUAGAUACUUCCCUCUGGAUGUUCUCACCCAGCGUGUUUGGAAAAGGCCAAAAAGUCACAAAGGCAGGAUGUGAGAAAGUGAGAAAGCGAGUCAUUACAGUGUGCUCGAGUUUCCCCCUCACAGCACACAUUUGUUUCCUAUUUUCAUGUUUGCUGCAGGAUUUGUAGGUCCUAAACAGAGCAUAGUGAUUUUGUACAAACCGUUUUAGUGUAUAUAUACAUAUAUAUGCAGCAUAUUCAACAAAUGUUAUUUAAAUAAUUGUGAACACGUUCCAAAUCAUUUUCUGUCUUCCUGUUUAUUCUGGUGAUUUCUUCGACAUUCUGGGAAUUCUUUUAUAUUUUAAAGAUUGUUUUUAUCUUCAUACACCCUGUCCACUUUUUAACGUUACUCAAAGUUUGCAUUAGACGAAACAUGUUGUAGCUCAGAGUAGAAGAAAUGUAGGAAAAGUUGUUUUUGUUCAAAUUUAACUGAAUUAAGUUAGUAAGCAUUCACCGGGAGGUUUUGUAAAAUGAAAAGCGCUCUAUGCGUAGCUUAGUCUUUGCAAUUUCUAUAUAUAAAUUCACUAAUGUUUUUGAUUUUGUAAGCGUUUUUUUUUUUGUUGUUGUUCACAUUACAUGAUUUGUUUCAUAGUUUUGAAUAAAUCUUUGUAUUGACUGAAAUCAAGUUUUACAUUUUGCCAGGACUUUAUAUUUGGAGUGUGUCCAAGCUGAGCUGUGAAAUAAAAAGUUCCUGCCAUGUUA